AUGUCGUCAAAGCCCUGUCAAAGCGAAGUUUUCGAGUUCUGCGGUCCUCUUUACCUCACUUCAUGUGUUGAUUGGAGAAUUCAAGAGCAUAGGAGAUCAAUUAUGGCUAGUUUGGUUCAAGGAGUGUACAUUACAGAAAGAGAUAGACAACAAAAAAGAACAGGAAAAAAUGCAUUAGCCCCAGCUUGGUGGGAGUCUUUUCAUUUCAAAUGCAUCAAAUUCCUUGAAGACAAAAUCGAUAACUCCAUUUUCGGGGCCAUUUUCGAGUAUAUGGCUCCACAAUAUGCAUCUCCUAAGUAUGUAAUUGCAAUUCGAGGAACGAUGAUCAGUCCAAAAACCGGGAUACAAGACAUCUAUUUGGAUGCAAAGAUUUUCCUAAACGAGCUAAGUCGCAGUUUUCGUUGCGGAAUUGCAUUGGAUGCAGUAGAAGGCAUGAUAGGAUGCGCACACCCUACAAAUGUAUGGUUGGCAGGGCAUUCUUUAGGGUCAUCUAUAGCAUUACAAACAGGAAGAGACAUGGUUAAAAGAGGUUAUUACCUUGAAACUUAUCUUUUUAAUCCUCCAUUUCUAAGAUUACCAGUUGAUAUAGUCAAUAAUCGACAUAUUAAGAACGGAGCACGUAUUACACGUAGUGUUGUAAAGGCUGGUCUUUCGAUUGCUUUUAAGAAAACAAAAGAUGGUGAUCCUUUCACUUUACUACAAUCUUGGAUCCCAUACUUAUUUGUGAAUCCGAGAGACAUGAUUUGUUGCGAGUAUUUGGGAUAUUUCGAGCAUCGAGAGAAGAUGGAAAGAUGGGGUGUUGGUGAGAUUGAAAAAAUUGCAACCAAAAACUCUGUUGUGGGAUUGGUGUCGGAUGCAUUAGGGAGAGAUGGUGAGACUGCACAUCUAAUUCCAUCAGCUAUUGUUACUGCGAAUAUGAAGAAUGUGACAGUUAAGGAACCUGGUUUAUUAGUAGCUCAUCGCCUUUGUCAGUGGUGGGAACAACACUCUAACUGGGUGUCUAAGCGUCACCAAUAUAGUACUUGAUACAACUUUUUAGGAGGAAAUGAAAGCAUGUGUAGUAUGAGUAUCUGUAUCUCCAUGUUUUUUAAUUGUUACAAUUUGACGUUAACCAUAAAUUUUGAACAUCGUU